GAAUAACCGUAAGUGGUGGCCUAGACUAGAAAAGACGCCACUUCGGUUAUCUUGCUUCCUCGGUCCUCUUCCAGUGUUAGGCAGAGUCGCCAUGAGUGUGGAACACGACAAAACACGAGUGGACAGUUCGCUCGUGGUAGUCGAUUGUGAUGGGCCACUACUGUGCGGUAGAGAUACAAUUCAAGCUUUCCGCGAAGCGGGCUUGUCACUCUUGGAAGAAAGGGCUCUACCAAGUGUCUAUGCGCUGCAGGCAGAAGAUGACCUAAAAAUGCUGGUGGAAGAGUUCGCAGACUUGUUUGAAGAUCGACUUGGCUGCUGCAAAGGCCCGCCCGUGAAGCUGUACAAGAAAGAAGGAGCGGUGCCGCGGUUUUUGAAGGCCCGUCCGGUGCCGUUCGCGCUUCGCAAAGCAGUGUCAGCCGAAAUCGACCGCCUCGUUCAGCAAGGCGUCCUGUCGCCGGUGAGCGUUUCCGAAUGGGCUGCUCCUGUCGUACCUGUGGUGAAGAAAAAUGGAGACAUCAGGCUGUGUGGCGAUUUUAAGCUCACCGUGAAUCCAGCUACUCACCUGGAGCAGUACCCUUUGCCUAAAGUGGACGACAUUUUUGCCGCGCUCUACGGGGGAGAAGUAUUCACCACACUGGAUCUGAGAAAUGCCUACAAUCAGCUGCCACUUGAUGAAGAAGCGAAGGAAAUGACUGUCAUCAACACGCACCAGGGCUUGUACUCGUACAACCGACUAGCCUUCGGCAUCUCGUCGGCUCCCGCACUGUUCCAGCGGCGCAUUGAGUCGUUAUUAAGGGACUUACCAAGAGUACGUGUGUACCUGGACGACAUCAUAAUCGCCGAGAAGCAACAGGACACGUCAACACUUCGACAAGUGUUCCAGAGACUUCGCGACAGUGGCCUCCAACUGAACAAGGCCAAAUGUCGGUUCCGAGAAAAAGAAGUGCAGUUUCUGGGGCACAAGAUUGAUGCAACCGGACUUCAUCCACUGCGCGACAACCUCGAAGCCGUAACAGCUGCACCAAAGCCAGAAUCGGAGGACAGCGCACUUCGGCAAGUCCGGGAAUGGAUCGAGCAGGGCUGGCCAUCGCAUCUUGCGGGGAAGCAGCAACAUCUGCAGCCGUACUUCACACGCCGACACGAACUCGUCGCGAGCCAUGACCUCGUUUACUGGGGUCAUCGUGUGGUCGUGCCGGAGGCAGCCCGGCAGUGCCUACUCAACGAGCUACACGAUACCCACCCAGGUGUUGGCGCCAUGAAGAGGCUCGCUCGUACGCUAUUCUGGUACCCUGGAUUAGACAAAGACAUUGAAAGGUUGGUGCAAACUUGUCCCCAAUGUGUGCAGGGGUGGUCAAUGCCUGCGGCCCAAGUACCUUCCCCGUGGCCUAGGACAGGAAGGCGGUGGUAUCGAGUGCACAUGGAUUUUGCAGGACCUGUUGACGGGUACCUAAUUUUCGUCCUAGUUGACGCGGAAACGAAGUGGAUAGAGGCAACGCCGCUGAAAACGGCUACCACAGACGCAACAAUUCAAUUACUGAGGGAAAGUUUUUCUCGGUUUGGUAUCCCGCAUUGUCUGGUGUCUGACAACGGCCCCCAGUUCUCGAGCGCAAUGAUGGCACAGUUCAUGCAUGAAAAUAACAUACGCCAUGUCAGGACGGCGCCAUACCACCCACAGUCCAAUGGAUUAGCGGAGCGGGCGGUGCGAACAAUAAAAGAGGGCCUCAAGAAAAACAAGCGCGGCACACUGCAAGAAAAGUUGUCUCGUUUUCUUUUCCGUUACAGAUCUACACCCCUCGAGAGUGGCAAAUCGCCAGCACAACUGCUCUUGGGAUUCGAGCCCCGGACAAGGCUGUCCGCCCACUUUCCAGAAGGCGAGGUGCCUGCAGGGGCCGACACGAUCCAGCCUUCGUCGACCAAAGCACCACCACUGUUCCCACCCGGAAAGCCCGUCUGGUCCCGCCAUUUUCAACGAGGGCGAAAAUGGCUGCCAGGGACUGUGAUAGCGACGGAAGGGAAUCGGAUGGUAAAGGUUGAGACACCCCUGGGAACCCAGCGCCGUCAUGUAGACCAGUUGAGGGCACGGCGGGCGUUAGCCACACCAGAAAAAAAGGAAUCAAGGCUCGGCUCCAGCUUAGCGGAACCACAGCCCGACGCAGACGCUCAAGAAGCAAGUGCAACGCUGAACUUCAGUCCAGCGGCCCCUCGGUCGCCCGGCUCGACUCAAGAAACAUGGGCGCCGGAGGCAGUUCCAACUCAACUCCGCCGAUCAACGCGAACAAGACGCCCUCCGGAACGACUGGGCUUUUGAAGGGGGAAGGAGUGCAGCGUCGUCGAUAAACCGCACUCAACGGCCCGAGUUCCUUAUCACCUGUCAGCAAGUCACGAUGUAAUCGACCACAGCUCGUGUUCUAGACUCACGUGGGUUUCAGGAUAAAAAGGCCCAGUGCCAAGCAAUAAAC